AUCUGGUCCUGAGCGUCCCUCCUCACCCGCUCGCCAUCCCGUCUGUCUGCUGGCCUGUUCCACCGCCCAGGGCACACCCGACCGCCGCUAGAGCCCGUAUGUCCAAGACAAGCGCCCACAGACUCGACCCGGUUGCCGAGGAUCUGCUCCGGGAGCUUGCCCUGCCAGAUCAGCUCGGCAUCGCCCUGACCACCCGGAUCUGGCACUACUUGCUGCCGCUGCUCUUGCAGAGGGAUGCUGCACCGCAAUCCGAGCCCACGCCGCCGUCAUUGCUGCAGGUGCCUGCCUCUAAGCGCAGUCGCAUUGCCAGCGGCAAGGCCGUCGCCGUGUCCAAGCCGGCGCCGACUCUGAAGCAGCAGCGGCAGCCGAAAAAGUCGGCAACCAGCUCCGUUGCCUUGUCAGAGGAUCUCAAGGUGUCCAGAGCCAAGAUGGGUCUGUUUGCAAUGAAUGUCCUCAACCAAAAUGCUCGAACACUCGCAGAUCUUUCAAAGUCCGUCCAGCCACCGAAACCAGCUGGAGAUCUGGGCAAGACAUCGUCAUCUUCCACAGCCAACACUGCAAAGGCCAUCGCCUCCGGGACACAUGCGCGCACAUUGGCAGCAAAUCGAAAGCCAGGCACUUCGGCCAAGCUACUGUCGGUACCAAGUCUGGAAUCAGAACGAGACUCGGCCAUCUUUGGCAGCUUCAAGCAGGAGGGGCAUCCGCAGAGGGACUGUCUCGGCGAGACGACGCUGCUUGCGAUUCAAGUGCUCAUGCUGACCGAGCCCUCGCUGUCGCUUGCCCGAGCCGAUCUUCUCAAAGCCUUUGUUAGCGUCGCACUCAAAUUCGUGGACCUGAACAUGACAGAGCCUGCCCUAAGAAUAUUUGUGCAUGUGAAACCAAUGCUCCGCGCUCUGCUUGAGACUGGCGGCAGUGCAUCGCCAGAGCUCGAGCCACCUGGGACUGUCGCGGCCCAGGGACCCAUGGACAUCGACACACCCCUAGUCACUCCCAAAGAUGUCUCUGCGCUCCUCCAACCAGACUCGGAGGCCGAGUGGUCUCGGCUACUGGACUUUUGUUGCACCGCAGGCGAUAAUUGCGGCGAUGCGAGCAUCCUCAAUCUGGUAUCCAACUUUCAGCAUGGUGCUGCCAAGAUACUGCUCAGCACAUUGAGACGUCCUAGAAUGGAUCUGCUCAACAUGGCAUCAUGUGUUGCAGUGUGUGACGCCAUGCUAAGGAUCGAUCUACCGGCCGGACAGAGGAUAUGCGACGGGCUAUAUCGGCUGCUCUUCAAUUCGUCUCUCAAAAUUGAUCAAGGAUACGUGGGUGUGCUGCAGCUGCGUGCGAUAGCACUUCAGCUCUAUGUCCGAACAAAGGACCCGUGUCCGCUGCGAUUCCACGACAACGUAUUCAAAUUUGGAGCCAACUUUGAGCGCGCUGCCACUUCAAACCCACAAGACACUUUGAGAAGGAUCACGGAUUUUUAUCGUCAAAUUAGCGAUAUGGAUCUCCCAAACGAUACCGACACGUCGCGACAGUCCUCGCUGCUGUGGCGAGAGCAUUAUAUAUACGUCGUCAAAAAGCUGUCCGAUGUGUCGACGACUCAAGCCGCACUCGAGCAAUACUUGCACUUUGCUGAGCUCUGGACCGCGGAGGCUGCAAGGAUCGUGCUCUCGCUCUCCAGCCUCAUUGAGCUAGCUGUGAUCGAGAUUCGAGAUGCUGCAGAUCCCAAGCGCUCGCUGAAUUUGAACUCGAUCCCAAAUGUCGAAAGAGCCGUCCGCGCAGCCCAAGAGGCGGCCAAUGAGCCCCUGCAAAACUUGGCGCGUGGUCCGCUCGAUGCCUCCAAGGUGCUGAUGCGAUCAGCCGAUGCGCUUCGCAGACUACUGGCUGAUCUUUUGAAGUCGUGGCCGGAUGGAAGCUUGCCUCAGGACUAUCGGAGUGUGCUGCUACAGCCAAGUGUCGCCAUCUUUGACGACUUUGCGACGAUAUGCGACCGCUGGAUCGAGAUAAGCCAGUCGGGAUGUCGCACUCUCUUGCUUAGUAAGGUCGCACCAAGCAUAGCGGAAGGCUACAUCUCGAUCGCCAGUCUCUCAGCACCGACAGGCGAGGAGACCGAACGCUUCCUGACAAAGGCUGAGCAGUGGUGCAGAAAAUACGGACUCGUGAGUAGCACUAUGACUGUCUCGGCCGCAUAUUACAACCUCGGCGGCAAACUCUACAACUCUGGAGAAUUCGACUGCGCAGCGAGAUAUUUCCAGCAGUCCUGCAGUUUGGUCGAGCACGUCCUUCGUCAGACCGACGCCGAGGCGCCGACACACGCUGAAAUGCUGUCGACACUGCUACGGCGGCGCGACGCUUUGGUGUCCUGUUACCUGGCGGUAUCCGAUCAUGCGCAAGCGCAAGGACUCAUCGCCAGCAUUCUCGAGAGCACCGGCCCCUCGGUGUAUGAGCGCCUCCUUGCCACAACUUUGAGUGGGGCUCUGAGGAUACCGGAAACCGCGUUUAUCGUCAAGCUCGUCGAGAAGCACACCAAGUCGGUUUUGAUCCAGGCCAAGGCUGCUGCGUCAUCGGAUGUCAUCGAGGACCCGGAUUUGCUCCAUCAGAAAUUGACACAGCUCCGCGAGCGCUACCGAGUUGCAGUUGCCGAGCUGGAGUUGCAGUUCCUUCCAAAGCCCCAGCGGCGACCCGAGAGCGGUACCAGCUUGCGAUCAUUGCAGUGCCGUGAUGCAGUCGUAUCGUGGCUCUUGAGCCAAUACACUGCGCCGUCGGUCCAGCGAGCGGCAUGCUUGAUCGAAAGCGCCAAGAUCAUUCGUCUCGCGGGCGAGGCGGAUUCAGUCUCUGUCGCCUUGCAGACAUGCGAAUCAGCCAUCGACUUGCUCAAGAGUAAUUUACCGGUUGAAGCCACAUCAUCGAGUCGAAGCCAUUCUGAUGUCCUAGCGUGCGCCUAUGUCUUCAAAGGCGUCCUACUCUUCGAAAGCGCAUCCUACCAACCCAAGCCAUUCAAGCAAGCCCUGAAAAUAUGGCAGCAGCUUCUCCAGCCCAUUCCUGCACGCUACUGUGAGCAAGCGUGCACAGCAAUCGGGCAGUCCUUCCGGGAUAUCGAGGCAUCUUAUGCACACCUCCAUAUGCUGUCCGAGUAUUUUGAUAUCCUCAAACAGCCUCUGAGCAGAAUCCUCUCACUGCGUCUGGCGCUCAAGCUCAACAAUCUGCGCGCGUCCCCAUCCGCCAACGAGGCCGCCCAGUGUCUCGUCAAUAUCGGAUACAGCUAUCUGGAGCUGGGUUACACGGGCCGGGCCGGUGCAGCUUUUGCAGAUGCCAAGGAACUUGUCGAUGCAGGAACUGUCGCCGAGGCUGUUGUCGUUUACUGGAAGCUGUGCUACUGCUUCUACCUUGUGUGCAUCGGCAAUGCAGAGAAAAGUCGCGCUGUUUUUGACACGAUUGAGUCUCAGCAUGUCUCCUUCAUCAACGAGCCCGGCAACAAGAUCCACCGGCUGAACAUCAUAUCGUUUGCGUAUUUCGUUCGGGGACAUUUGGCCUUUGCAGAGGGCAAAAUCAACGAUGCGCUCUACGAUGGGACCAACUACCUCUGGGCGCUCAGCAGCCUCUACGGCACACAUGAGCUCAGCAACGUCAGCAUUUUCAAGGAGGCUCUUUCUAAGAGCGACCUGCGGAACGGCAAAAAUGCUGCGCAACAGCUCAUGGAGUCAUACUCAUGGCUGGGACGGCUGCAUGUUCUCCGCGGCUCCGUUGCGGAAGCCGAAUACUACUACAAGCGCGGACUGGAGCUGGCCGAGAAGAUCCAAUCCAGGGCCUUUGUCGUCGAGUUUCUGGGCGGGCUUGCCGAGCUGGACUGCAAGAGAGAGCGCUUUGACGAGAGCCGGGAGCUCAUUGCCCAAACGGACAAGGUCCAGCAGGAGCUUGCGGCCGAUGUCCCGAUCAAGGAUGGAGUUCUCACCAAGAUACGCGAGGGCGAUCUCCUCUUGAGAACAGGCCAGUAUACUGGGGCCUUGAAGCUCCUGAGAACGAGCCGGAACCAACUGCAAGACUCGAUGGCGCCGGCCAUGAUAUCUGGACUGGAGAACAAGCUGUUUGAAGUGCCUGAAACCCCGCGCGAAAAGGCGAUGGCCAAGGCGAUUUCCAAGUCGGCCGAUGACAUGCUCAUCGACGACGAGCCAUCGAAAGAGCUCGACAGCCAGCUCAUCAACGAGUGCCGCCUGCUUCUGGAUCUCAAGUCGUCGCUGAUAUCCAAGAUUGGACAUGCUUUGGGUCGACUGGGCAAGAUAGGGGAGGGAGAGAAAGUGCUGAUUGAAAGUGACGACGUCGAUCUCUCUGGAUUCGAGCAGGCCGAGUUCUACGCGACUCUCGGUAUGCUGCAAGUGGGCAAGCUCAUGAAAUAUCUCAGCGGAACGCCACUGUUGGACAUGUUCUCAGAUAGUGUUCUGGCACUGCCAUGGGGCGUGCCCAAGGCCAAUGGACGCGAGAUGAGCCUCUCCAAGUCGAUUCGGAAGAGCAUCAUCCAAACGGACGAGCUCCUGCAGGACUCUUUUGUAUCGGCGUACACCUACGGCUCUGCACAGAUGCUCCUGGACACCUGUCAUUACCGAGUGCUCCUCAACCUGGCCAAAGCCCAUCUCACCCCCGGCGACAACUCCAUGACCCCAAGCCAGCUUGCGCUGCACUCUGCAUUCUGUCUCGAAUUUGGCAAGGGCCUGACGCACCGCCGUGAAAUGGAAACUGUGCUUCGAGAGAAAAUGGAUAGCACAGGCACCAGGGCAGGCUCUUCUCAGACGAUUCUGUGGCCGAGCGCUCAGCCCCAGGCGCGAGGAGAUGCCGAAGGUGCAGACCAAGAAGACGACCGAGUACGAGAACUGUACAACCUCUAUCGCUCUGAAGCCAGCGCCGGCACACUUGAGUUUCAGAGCGACAUUGUGGAGCGUCUGCCUGAUGAAUGGGUGGUCGUCUCGCUGUCAGUAGACCAGGAGCGGCAUGAUUUGUAUCUCUCGCGCAUCGAGAGCAACGAGGCACCGGUGGUCUUGCGACUUCCGAUGCAGCGGAAAGCUUUCCGCGAAGGCGAAGAGGCUGGCUUGGUCCUGGCCGACGUUGUGGCCGAGCUCGAGCACAUCCUGAAGCAGAGUCGCGAGACCACGGAAGGACCGAUUGCCGCGAAGGCAAAGUCGAGCGAAAUCACCCACGAAGAGAAGCGCAAGUGGUGGGAAGACCGAAAGGCCCUCGACACGCAGCUUCGGGAGCUCCUGGCGCGACUGGAGAAUGAAUGGCUUUGCGGAUUCCGCGGGCUGCUCGGAGCAGAGCUUGGAGAAGGCAUCAGCAGUGGCCUCGUGGAAGGCUUCAAAGACGAGCUGACCAACUGCGUCGCACGAUGGAUCUCUGGCAAACGGAGCAGACCGAACACACGGGACCAGGCCAAGGACGGCAUCGAGCUUGACGGCCGCUUUUGCCAGGUCAUCCUUGGCUUGGGCUUGGGCGACGAGCCUGCUGCCGCCGAUCUCGAAGACAUCAUCUAUUAUCUGAUGGACAUGUGCCAGUAUGGGGGCAUCGAUGUUGAUUACGACGAGCUGGAGAUCGAAACGAUGAUUGACGAGCUUCGGAGUCUCCUUGAGCGGACACUGUCAGCCACGUCACUGCCAUCUGGAUCAAAGCCCAAACACAUUCUUUUGAUUUUGGACAAGCAUCUGCAAUCGCUUCCGUGGGAGAGCCUGCCUUCCCUCAGACGCCACCCGGUCUCGCGACUGCCAUCGAUCGCCUUUCUGCGGGAUCGGCUGCACUCCUCUGGGGUGGCGGCACGCGAAUCUGACGCAGCAGCAGCAACGUCACCAUCCAAAAUACCCAGCCCCAUCCAGCCAAGCACAUGGACCAUUGACUCUGACGAGAGCUUCUUUGUCCUGAAUCCAGGCCAAGACCUCAAGAAGACGGAGGACAUGUUCAACGACUUUGCACAAAGCCGCGCGACCUGGAGGUCGGUGAUUGGUAGGGCGCCAACCGAGAAGGAGUUUGCCGAGGCCCUCGAGCAGUCAGAGUUGUUUGUAUACAUUGGACACGGCAGCGGCGAGCAGUACGUUCCCAGCCGAUCAGUGCGCAAGCUGAAAAAGUGCUGCACUACGCUGCUGAUAGGAUGCAGCAGUGGACGCCUCAGCACUUGUGGUGAAUUCGACCCCUCCGGAGCGGCGGUUUCCUAUCUCAUGGCUGGUUGCCCCGCGCUGGCAGCGAAUCUGUGGGACGUUACCGACGGCGAUAUCGACCGGUUUACGGCCUCGCUCCUGAAGCGAUGGGGCCUGGCACGGAAGGACGCCGAGGCAGCACAAGAGGAUACGAUGUCGCUCCCGCAAGCGAUGCAGCGAGCGCGUGAGGACUGCCAACUCCCGUAUCUCACCGGAGCCGCCCCCGUGGUCUAUGGUGUGCCGGUGUCGAUCAUGCGCGUCCCUCAGGAUAAACUCGGCGAAAUCAAGAGCAGAGACCGAAGCGACAAGCCAAAGCCGAUGCGCAAGGAGGCCGCCAGGACCCGCCGGCAGAAGAAAUGAAGCCAAGCUGGCCGGGAGUCUUGCGACGCUGGGGGCCAGCCUCCUGCUGCUCGAAUACAUGUGGAUUGUCGACCGGAACAGAUGCCUGGCUGGUAGCUGGAUCCGCUCUGCCGGAUGGCAUCAGGAGAUGAAAUCACUGACGGGGCAAUCGGCUGCGGAUGGAGGAACCUUGCAGCAACCCAGCCGAUCUCGAUGCAGGCCAUGGUUGGCGAGCAUGGAACUGCGAGUCGCGCAGCAUCCGAGGGCUGGAUGGUGGAGUUGACGACAUCGGCAUCAAGCCACAGAUGCGAUUCAUAACGAAACCCUAUCGCCGACAGCAAGGAGCGAGUGAGUUCAUCG